UUCAGUUUUUAGCAGAAAACAACUAACUCUCUUCAGCUCUCUUGAAGUUGCAUUGAUAUCAAGCAAUCAUGGAGAGUACCGGGAUUGCUUGCUGCGCCCGUGGAGCGAUCCUGCCUAAUCUCACUUCCCAGCAGUAUCAUCCCACCGCACUCGCCUCCCCACGUGCUGGCUCUACGUCGUUUAUUAGCCCCAAGAGUUUGAAAGCGAGCUCGCUGUUUGGAGAGUCGUUGCGUAUUGCUCCAAGAUCGUCGUACAAGUCUUCAAAGGCGCCCAAGAGUUCUUCACUUGUAACUAAGUGCGAGAUUGGCGACAGCCUGGAGGAAUUUCUUACGAAAUCAACCACGGAUAAGGGACUGAUUAGCCUUAUGAUAAGCAUGGGAGAGGCACUGCGAACCAUCGCCUUCAAAGUGAGAACGGCUUCUUGUGGAGGAACAGCUUGCGUUAACUCUUUCGGGGACGAGCAACUUGCAGUCGAUCUACUUGCUAACAAGCUUUUAUUUGAGGCCUUGCAAUAUUCUCAUGUCUGCAAAUACGCUUGCUCCGAGGAGGUCCCUGAGCUGCAAGAUAUGGGAGGACCAGCGGACGGAGGGUUCAGUGUUGCAUUUGAUCCGCUUGACGGUUCCAGCAUUGUCGACACAAACUUCACCGUGGGAACGAUCUUUGGAGUAUGGCCUGGAGACAAGCUUACCGGGGUGACUGGAGCUGAUCAAGUUGCUGCUGCCAUGGGAAUUUUCGGACCUCGAACGACGUAUGUUCUUGCGCUCAAGGAUAUUCCUGGAACGCAUGAAUUCCUACUACUAGAUGAAGGAAAAUGGCAGCAUGUCAAAGACACUACAUCAAUUGGAGAAGGAAAAAUGUUUUCCCCUGGAAAUUUGAGGGCUACCACAGACAACCCUGAGUAUGCCAAGUUGAUAGACUACUAUGUCCGCGAGAAGUACACCUUGCGAUACACCGGAGGAAUGGUGCCUGAUGUUAACCAGAUCAUUGUGAAGGAGAAAGGAAUAUUCACAAAUGUGGCAUCACCAUCUGCCAAAGCCAAGCUAAGGCUGCUAUUCGAAGUGGCUCCUUUGGGGUUCUUGAUCGAGAAAGCAGGCGGAUUCAGCAGCGAUGGGGAACGGUCCGUGCUGGACAAAGUGAUCAAGAAUUUAGACGAGAGGACUCAAGUGGCUUACGGGUCGAAGAACGAGAUUAUCCGAUUCGAAGAAACACUGUAUGGAUCCUCCAGGCUCAAGGUUGCUCAACCAGUUGGAGCUGCUGCUUGAGCUUAAUGUUGAUGGGGUAUUUUUCUUGUUUUGCAGAACACAUUGUUUGUGUGAAGUUGAUUAUAGAUGCAAGAGAAUUUAUUUCAUCUUGUGGGAUUUUUCAGAGGGUGUUUAGUUAAGUUUAUUUAUAAAAUGUUAUAAACUCAUACAUCAUAUAAGAUGUUUUUAACAUGGUCUAAAGUAUUAGCCGAUAUUCAACAUA